UUCCCUUCUAGCGCUAGAUUCAAACAGCAGAGCGAGAAGGCAGCUGAAGCAAGAAGAGGAAACACUGAGGACAGAGUGAAGUGAGCCAAAAAGGAAAAGAAAGCAGAAAAAAAACAAACUUCUACUCUACUUUACAACAGGCUUCAUCAGAGAGCUUUAUUAUCCUUCAGUUUGAAGUGUUGCACACGUUGUAAAAGGCAAAAAUGAUUAGCAACAAAGUCGUCUUCACCUCCAUUGUGGUGCUCCUGGCACUUUUGACCAUCAGUGAAGGAAUGAGUCUGAGAAGCCUUGGAAUGGAGCUGCACUGCCGCUGCAUCAUGACCGAGAGCAAACCCAUCGGCCGCCACAUUGAGAAGGUGGAGCUGAUUCCUGCCAACUCCCACUGCGAGGAGACAGAGAUCAUUGCCACUCUGAAAAAAACAGGCCAGCAGGUUUGCCUGGACCCUAACGCUCCCUGGGUGAAAAGAGUGAUUAACAUAAUGAUGUCCAGUCGAAAACGCUGAGCACUGUUCAUGACUCUUUACUAGUUCCUGAACAAACGAAAACAUACCAAAAAGUAUUUAUUUUAUUUAUUGGAGCCGAGGAUUUCAUCAUCUUAUUUUAUACCGAAAGGCUGCUUAACGUCCUGAUUGACUGUUGAAAAAUGAGAAAUAUUUAUGAAGAAGCAUAUGUUUGUUUGAAUGUCACUGGUGAGCUACUGCUCUCUUGUCUUUAAUGUGUGUAAAUUAAUAUUUAUUGAUAUAUUUAUGAUAUGCUGGUGUAUUGGUUUCACUUGUUUGCUUUCAACUUGAUGUGAAUAAAUAAGUUAAAUCAAA